AUGUAUCCGUUUUGUCAUAUUAUCUCUCUGCCCAUCCUGACUCUGUGUUUGUUGAUUUUUUUUUCUGGUCUCUCUCAGGGGUUUAGGGUUGGUGUCCUGUCCCCCCUCUCUGACUCGUACGUGGCUAGGAACCUGCAGUCUGCCCUGGCCGAACCUUCUGUCGUGUCCGAACUCCUGUCAAAGGAACUUAAUAAAGGCUAUAUUCUCGGCCCUUUCUCUGUCCCUCCUUUCUGCCCCUUCCGCGUUAAUUCCCUCGGCGUGGCCACUCGGAAGUACUCCGGUAAGAAAAGGCUGAUUUUCGACAUGUCCUCGCCUCACUCCGACAUCUGGUCCAGCGUUAAUGAAAUGAUUCCCCUUGAACCGUUUUCACUCCACUACGCUUCCGUAGACAAUGCCAUCUGCCUUAUUAAAAUCGCCGGCAGGGGCGCUCUCCUGGCUAAGGCCGACAUCACAGACGCGUUCAAGGUUAUGCCGAUUCAUCCCGCUGAUUGGCCGUUGUUCUGCGUUAAGUGGCAGUCCAACUUUUAUUUCGCCGUGCGGCUCACGUUCGGCUGCAGGAGUAGUCCCCACAUUUUCAAUUGUCUGUCGGAAGCGCUGUGCUGGAUUUUGCUCAACGUCUGCCGCCUCCCGUUCGUCCUCCACCUCCUGGACGAUUUCCUGCUAAUUGAUUUCUCCGCGGGGUCUAGUUCAGGUCUGGACGUCCUUCGCGCUGUAUUCUUGGAGCUCGGUGUCCCUCUGUCGGCGGAGAAGACCCUGGGCCCCGUUCACUCUCUCGAAUUUCUGGGCAUUAUCCUCGACUCGGUUGCAAUGCGGGCCUCUCUCCCGGGGGAAAAAUUAGCUAGGAUUCGCGAAGUGUCCGCCUCAUUUCUCUCCGUGGGCACGGUGACCAAGCGAGACCUUCUCUCUCUCUUGGGUCAUCUGAAUUUUGCCAUGCGCAUCAUUCCGCAGGGUCGCUCCUUUAUUUCUCGCCUGUUAAUUCUGGCCCACUCCGUUGUCAAUUUAUCCGACCCGAUGGUUGCUUUCGACCUGGGUUGUCAGUCGGAUCUCGAAGAAUUCCACCGGCUCUGCCCUUCAGCCAACAAAGUGUCCACACCGUGCCCUCGUUUCGCCGAGCUGAUCCUGGAUUAA